AAACUCUCUUUCCUCUAGAGACUCAAACAUUCGUUGCGCAAUAUGACGCAUUGGCGCGAUAUCUUAAAGACUGACACAGGACGAGCUCGGCGCCGUCUCCAGGUAGAACGUCGCCGAUUGCUUCCUACCUACACUUCUGACCCAGUUUCUUCCACUCAGCCUGCGAAGGAAGUAACCAAAGUUGCUCUUCGGCUGAAGUAUCAGGUUGAACAGGUUAUUCCUUGCGAGGUUGAAGAAAGUACCCUCACCAGUCCCACCAGCCGCGUCAUUACAGACCGCGUGGUUCAAACCGCCAAACAGGCUGGUGGCGAAGACCUGAAAGCCUGUGUCGUAUUCUGCUUGCUGGUGUGCUUACGCUGGUUCAAAAUUCAAGCUAUAGAAGAGCUUUGGGAUUCCGAUCUUCACGACCGUCGGGCACUUGCUUGUGAGGUUAUAGCCAAGCGCAUCAUCGAAACUGAGGAGAACCAGGAUUAUCUAUUAAUUGAUACCCUGCUCAAGCGGUACUCCAUCUUCAUUGAUGGCGAGGAGACUGUGCCAGCUAACGUUAUUGAGCGUGCUGUAGAUCUUCACGCUUUGAGGAUUAUUGGAUCCUCUGGGUACCAGAAGUGCAUCAAAUACCUAUGGAACGGCUGGUUUUGCCAACAGGAUGGCAAUCCAACUAACUUUGUUCCCUAUCGUGAAAAAGAUAACACUAGUUUUGCAGUCCAUUUCCACCCUGAUAGGAUGAGGACUCCUUUGUAUCAGAACACAUGCCAGAUUCUUGUCUCUCUCGUGUACCUUGCACUCUAUACACAAGUCAUCAAUACCGUCAAUCGAACGGGAGAUCUCGAUGUAGGCGAAGGCAUCCUCUAUGUCAUGACUCUUGCAUUCAUCUGCGACGAGUUCACUAAACUAUGGAAGAUUGGAUGGCACUAUUUCGAUUUCUGGAACGCCUUCAACUCUACACUAUAUACGAUCCUUGCUAUUUCCUUCGUCCUACGUGUUUCUGCUUUGACACACUCACCAUCCGCUGAUGAUCAGCAGAGAAAGAGACUCAAUGAACUCAGCUAUAACUUUUUGGCCUUUGCGGGACCGAUGUUUUGGACGCGCAUGGUACUCUAUUUGGACUCAUUCCGGUUCUUCGGGGCCAUGUUUGUUGUCCUGAGAGUUAUGAUGAAGGAAAGCUUAAUAUUUUUUGCCCUCCUAUUCGUUGUCCUGGUGGGCUUCUUCCAAGCUUUCUAUGGAAUGGCUCAGGUUGAAACCGAUGACCCCAUCGUAAGAAGUAUUGUGCAGGGUAUGGCGAACAGUAUAAUGCAAAGCCCGGAAUUUGGUACAUUUGAGAACUUUGCGUUCCCGUUCGGUAUUAUACUUUACUAUUUAUUCAAUUUUAUUAUCAUGAUAGUCUUACUUAAUAUUCUUAUUGCCCUGUACAACAGCGCAUAUGAAGACAUCUCAGGCAACGCCAUCGACGAGUAUAUGGCGAUCUUCGCACAGAAAACAAUGUCCUACGUCCGAGCCCCGGAUGAAAAUGUCUUUAUACCCCCGUUCAACCUUAUCGAGAUUUUCUUCCUGGUGAUGCCGUUUGAAUGGUGGCUCCCACGCAAACACUAUGCAAGGCUAAAUGAUGUGAUCAUGGGUAUAAUAUAUUCCCCAAUUCUUCUAGUGACAGCGUUAUUGGAAGUCCGCGACGCACGUCGAAUUAGAUGGAAUCGUCGCCGUGGAGAGGAAGAUGACGAUGAUGUACAGGAAUGGGAGCAUGCGGCCGAGGAAGUUGACUUUGAGGUUGAUGAUAGCUGGAAACAGACCGUCGAGGACACAGCACCCAACGUGACCAUGGACAGCUGCACCUUGGAGAUCAUUCAGCUGAAGGAACAGAUACAGGAGCUAACGGAGAUCGUCAGGGUAUUGGCGGAGGAGAGGGCAGUGAAGCGGAUAUUCAACGGCGAGUCCAGCUCAACCAUCCUCGAGCACGAGUAGUUGGCACUUUAAUCGAGGUCGAACAGACCUAUGGACAACGCUAUUGGUAUUUAUUGAACUUGAUUUCUUGAUUGAUGUGGGUUAUAUAACGUGUCUGAUUGUUUACCUCGGUAAGUAUGCCUAUAUGUCUAUCCUCUCUACAGAAGUGUCGGUCAACACACCUCGGAAGCAUAACUGUGCCAAAUACGGUUCUCGGGAAGCAAAAAUUAUAUACUGCAGAAGGAAAAAGACAAGCCGAACGCGGGGGUCGAACCCGCAACCUUGAGAUACCGUGAUGACUAAGAGUCUCACGCUCUA